AUGCAGCAUCAGGAGGGUUGUCCGUUGUCAUCUGUGGCGGCGUACAAGGCGGCUGCGUUGCAAGGUCUGGCUGACUACGUGCCGGAGUUCGACGAUUCGUCGAACGACCUGCCUUGUCCGGACCGUCGUUGUUCGACUUGGUUGGAUUUGAAGACAUGGUUUGGGUACGUGCCGCGUUCUUUACCGUCACUAGACUUCCAAAAGUGUUUCGCUGACAUUGCACACGGCGGGGGAGGUAUCUACGAGCGGCUGGCAGUAUUGGGUGAGAAAGCAUUAGGAAUGAUGUGCCAAAUUUACAUUAGUGAGAAGUACUCACCGAUCAAAAUGCCUUUCGACUUACAACGCGGCUACCCCCCCGAUAUGAUCCGUUAUAUCUGGACUCUGAAGCGAACGGAUCGUUGUUGCAGUUUGCGCUCCCUUAGUGUAUUUGCCCGAACAUAUUUGUCAACUGCGCAAUCAAUGGAGACAGCCACUGCCUGUGCCCGUUACGUCAAGGCCGUAAUCGGAUACAGCAUUCAGGCACACAGUCUCAUGCGUACGGCCACUGCCAACACGCGCAAACUCGAAAUGCUGUCGACCGCGAAUCAGGACACACUGGAUGCCGACGCUUUGGCUGCAGGCUCCGGUCUCAUUUAUGAUUGGGCGACCGUGCUGAUCGAUCAUAUCUAUGAUGUUCAGAAACUCCGUUCUUGUAGCGAUCCGGUAGAGUGCGAGUUAGUUCAAGAUCUGCAAGAGUUCUUCGGCUAUCCCUAUGACACUCUCAUCCCACGGGUCUAUAACGUGAUCCGGGCCGACACGAGCUACAUGACCGAAGGCGAUUGUGAGGCCCAGGCCCAGUCAGGUCGUGACAUUGUUCAGCUAGCGGCGACUGAGUAUUUCUUGUCCCUCGCACAGAACGCACAAACUGACCCACACUUGAUCGACCGAUGGUUGCGACUGGAACUCAAGACGUUCAUGAACUCACAAGUAAUCGGCAUCUUCGCCGCCACACACUUCAACCUUCUACCCAUACUCAACCACAUGGGUCCCGGGGGUCUCGGGCUUACUUCAGAUGCCAGUCCAGGACUGGAGCAGUACGCCAGAUUGUUCUGCCAGCUGCUUGCAGCCACCUACGGAGUCGUGCGGGAGAGUCAAAGUCGGGAGUACCUACCUGCAUUGAUCCAACGUCUAAGACAGAUCCAACUGACGCUGCACAUGGAGGAGCUGGACAUUCGGAUUAAUGGCCCACUUCGUACACCGCUGGCUCUCUUCCAGGGCAUCGACAUCUUCCGAUGGAGCACCAUCAGCAACUGGGGCCAUGUGAACCGCUACAACCUCUGGCAACGUCACCCGCGAAGUAAGCAUCUUGAGGCCUUCCUGCCCGUCAGCGACCCGGUGGUACGACGGCGUAUUCGGACACUCGAACGCACACUGCCACUCGAAAUCAACAAUUUCGAUAACGUACCUCGAUCAAUCAAGGCGCUUUGUCCCGCACCAGCACGCGAAGAAGAACAAGGCCAACAAGUCAGUCUAAACAACGUCAUUCCCAUCGUCGAUGCCGACUCAGCCCUCCGAGGACGAGACCCCGGUGGCGCCACCAACGGCGUCUAUAUUCACCGGUUUGGAACCAACAAAAAACCUAACACCACCCCAAGACUCUGGUCACGUCUAUUCAAACGGACCCCUGCCACUACAGCCUGGUCCGGCCUCGGCCUUGGAGGAGGUAGUGAGAAGGAAGGUGGCACACUCUGGAAGCCACCAUUCGCUGCCUUCAUGAAGCCACGCCUUGUCAACUUCAACAAGGGCGAAGCCUACGUUGCACCCCAGAACAGACGACCCUGUCUCUCCACCGGACCCAAGAGACUCGGAGACCUGAAAGUACACUGGGAGGAUAACGCCGAUGACCGAGGACGGGCAGGAGAUUUUGGUCGAGACCUUGGUCGUGGAGGAGACUUUGGUCGUGGAGGCCGAGACCCCUCCGGCGGUCGAGGAGCUCAGUCCAGCCAUGUCGGUCACUUGGACCCAGCGGUUGACAGCGGCUCGUCUUCAUCCUCGUACUGCUCGUCUUGUUCAACGUGCGAGGGCGAACAACAGCACGACUGCAAAGGCUGGAAUAAUGUCCUGCGCGAAAUGCAGGCUAAGACACGGGGGCUAGAAAGCCAAGUCCGAGACAUGCCUGACGGCGGCAAAGUUCUAAUCACUCGGGACCGAGCCACGGAAAACGCUGCCGUAGAAAUCUUCCGAAAACGACUAGGGAACCCGCCUACUAUCGGAAGACCUACAGGAGGAAUCGGAACCACAACUGUGGGACCCGUAAGCAUGCCCCAAGGCCUCGGACCCGCAGGCAUGCUGGGACUUGGUGGCGAAGACCGCAUUGGUCUAGACCGCAUUGGUCCAGAUCGCAUUGGUCCAGAUCGCAUCGACCGUUUCAAAAAGCUGGGCAUGAGCGACGAAGACCUCCAAGAGUACCUCGCUUUCAAAUUCCAGCACGAUCCUGAAGGACACAAGCAUCUUACAGUCGAAGGACCGCGGGGCACCGAGUUCGAUCCCACACCCCAGAACCUCGCAGACCCGAAUCAUAUAUCCCUCAAUAUUUGA